AUGGCUUCAAACAUGCACGUCUUCGAUCCAGCCGGAGAUAUGACCUUCAUUUUGCAAAGUAUGGUGUUAAAGGAACCUAGAAAGAGCAGUUCGUUAUUGUCAUAUAGAAGCUCAACAAGGAAAUUUGCGAAAGUUUAUAUGCGUGUUUCUAGUAAACGAUUAAUGAUGGCCAGCCCAGUUUUCAAAGCCAUGCUCAAGCACUGUUUCAUGGAGGGAAUUACUCUUCGCGCCACGGGGAAAGUGGAGGUCCCACUACCAGACGAUGACCCAGUAGCGUUUGCCCUAUUGAUGGAUAUCAUUCAUGGAACGAGAGGCAGGGCACCGCCUCAGAUGGAUACUCUGUUCUUGACCACUCUUGCAAUUUUAGUCGACAAGUACAGGCUUCAGCUCUGUAUUGCGACAUCGUCGGACGUAUGGGUUGAUUCUUUGCGGCAUGAGAUCCCUCAGACCCUGACACCGGACUUGCUUCACUGGCUUUGUAUAUCUUGGGUGUUUCGUAGACCAAUCGAAUUCAACAUGGUGACGCGAAUUGCUGAGAGGGAGAGUCUUGGGCAGGACUUGGAUACGUAUUCGCAAGCUUUGAAUGCGAACCUUCCAAUACCACAACGAGUAAUAGAGAGUAUUCUGUCGAGGAGAAUAAAAGCGAUUCGGAAUUGUUUUGAUAUUAUCGGACGGUACAUCGAUAUGUUGCAACUUUCAGCCCCACGUUGUACCUCGAGUCGCAACGAAUCGCACAGGUACACUUGCAAUAAUGUACUUCUUGGCUCACUCCUGGAAAGUUCGACAAGCUUAGGGCUGUGGCCACCUGCCGAUUUACCAUAUCGAGAUCUAAACUUCAAGUUUGUCGCUCAUGAGGUGAUGCAGAUCAAAGUUGUCUCUUUCUGUAGUAAAAUGGGCUUUACCAACCAACCUUCUGGAUCUCAUGGAGUCAAGGCGGAAAUUGGAGCGGCUAUUGGCAAGGUGAAGACGAGAUUUUCUGGACUUCAUCUGAAAGAUUUCGAUUAG